AUGAACUGCAAACGAGAAUGGGCUUCGGAAGUUACAGCAUUUUCGUCACAGUACACCUCAACAAGCUACUCAGCAAAGAAGAUAUUGGGAAAACCGAAUGUUUAUCCUACAUAUAGUGUUAAUGCACUGGCAUGGUUGCCGAGGAGUUUUGAUGCAAAUCAAUAUAUAGAGUUGAAAUUUCCGGAAAAGAUUUGGUUAACUCAUGUUAACACAUACAAAUCUUAUAAUGCUGGAGCUGUCACGAGAAUAUUGGCGAAAAACGAAGAAAAACGAUGGAUUGAAAUCUUUAGGGCUCCAUAUGCACAUUUAGUCAAGAAGUCCAUAGGCGGAUCCAGGAAUUUUUUAAUCUUCAUGCCUUACUGGAAGCAGCUUCAGAGUUAUUCUAAACAAAACUGUAUACGUACAGCGCUGAUGUUUCCGUCAAGGAUAUUUUCCCCCCAGAUUAAAAGAGUGGACUUCCCUGUAAAUGAGCUGAGAAUAGAAGUUGAUUGUACUGUCUCCGGCACUUAUGUAGCUAUUGAUGCAGUUGAAAUAGUUGGAGGUGGUUGUCCUAGACGGUUUAAAAAACUCUGGGAUUCUUGUUAUCUCAUCAGGAAAGCAAGAGUGUCGGCAGACAUGGCGUUCGUAAACUGUUUAGAAGCUGGUGGGUAUUUGGCCAACUUUGAAACUCUUGAAGAGGCUAUGCGAAUGAAAAAAAUUCUAAAGAAAAUGGGCAGAGGGUUUAACUUCUACGUUGGGGGAAGAAAUAUUAACAGAAGAAAGCCUGGGGGAGAUUGGAGAUGGAUCAAGCACGGACAAAUGACUGAGAUGAAAUAUUAUGCCUUUGCUGCCAACGAGCCUAAUGGGUCUGACAAGUCGCCUCAAGACUGCAUGUUCUUUUAUGCCAGAAGCCGCUACUCGUUCCACAAUAUCUUCUGUGAUAAUGGUUCACAUCUUAGUGGCUACAUCUGCGAAGCCUGAAAAUUGUCAAUUGAUUUAUCAUGCAAUAAAUUGAAAGCAUCUUUAA